AUGGUGUUUCGGCACAUUAGUCAAGAUCUAAAGGAGCGCGUUCUGUGGCUCCUUGAAAAUGACUUCAUUCCUGACGAUGUUGCAGACAUAUUUGGUGUUUCACGACGCAGCAUCUACAGUUGGCAGGCAAAUGUCGAAAAUUAUGGCAACGUCAUCCGCCCUCGUAAUCCUCUACAGGGUCGCCCACGCACGCUCAAUGCUGAUCAGACUCAUGAUCUCUUCACCUUACUGGACGACGCACCUGAAAUGUAUCUUGAUGAGAUUCAGGAAUGGGUGGCCAUUACCCAAGAUCUGUCAAUCUCGAAAACAGCACUACACGUCCUCAUCCGGGAUGCUGGAGUCACAUAUAAAGUUCUUCGUAAGGCUGCAUCUGAACGUGAUGAGGAGGCUCGGGAGAGGUUUCGUGAUUUUGCGAGGAAUCAUCUUGUUGCUUCAAUGAUUAUUACAGUUGAUGAAUCCAGCAAAGAUGAUCGGACCAUUUUUUGUAGACGUGGGCGGGCUCCUAGUGGGCAUUGA